AUGAAACCAAAGAACAGGAACGGAUCAAAAAAGUCCGCCGCACAUGCCAACACCUCAAAACAACAACAACAGCUGCAGCAACAAAACACAGUGGAAUCGCAACAAAAGGAUCUACCCCGCCCGACUCCAGAUCUCCCGUCAAAGCCAGAGACUCCCCAGGAGAUAGCAGCUGCAACCCGACCGCGCCCAGAACCAACAUCAACAACAAUAACAAGGUCAACCGCCUCAGGACAGUUGUCUUCUGCCUCACCCUCACUGAAGGGAAAGCAACAACAGGACUCCCUUCAAGCAACUAAACUCUAUGGCGAAUCAAACCUUGCACGACCCACUACUUCAACUUCUAGUACCAGCAACUACCCCCAGCCCGAGAGGAGAAUGGCGCCAGCGACAUCUAUGGAAACCGAAUAUAUCGAGGCACUCUACGCAGAACACUCGCAGCCUUUGGCCAUCAGUCUUAGUCAGACUCACGACAGCCUGUUCUCGCAUUUGGCGCAACUCGGCGAUCUCCCUCCCAACUCCUCAUCCGAAUCAGGCGAUAUUGACUUUGACGACAUCGACAGCUAUGACGAACAAGGAGUGGACGGCGACUGCGAAGACUUUGAGGACGAUCUGGACGUGUACGAGCACGACGACUUCUUGUCGUCCCAGGAGGCCAUUCUUCUAGAGCUACGACGCGAGCAGGUCGAAUUCGAGGAGAAUGUCCGGCAAUUACAGCAGCAACUUCAACGCCAGGGAUCGCUUCUUCCUUCGUCUUCCUCCUAUGACGGCAUCGACUACGAGCAUGCCGACCAACCUGACACAAACUCUGGUGCGGUUGGUGAACAAAUCAACACGAUCGACACCUCAAACUCGCUCUCCAAGGCUCGGAAAGGACAAAUUUGGACUGGACACGACUGUCGUCUUUGCGAUGAACCUAGGUCGAACCUCUGUAUCGGGAAGUAUGGUUGGUACUGGCGGCCGAUUAUCAUUGAGGCUCUUGCUACAGCAGCGGCAGCGAUCGCCAUUUUCAACUCUCGCCCAAUGGACUCUACACAGGGAUCAACGCUCCAACAACCCUACAGAUUCAGUGAAUUUCUUCCACGACCCAACAGCAUACGAAGUCAGUCUCUUCAGGAGGCGCAGAGUCAGCUCUCCGACCCUGACAGGACGUACCCCGCGAGGAUGCCUUUCUUCAACAGGUAUGCCGUCUGGAGAAUUAUGUGGAUCUAUCUGUUUGGGCAUGACCUCUUCUCCACUCUGCACGUCAAUGCUGACCGGUCGCUUACUCGUUCGUUCCUGCUGUAUAGUGUGAGCGCUGUAUCAACGCCAAAAGGACAACAUCCGACAGCACAGUCGGUUCCGAUAAGUCACAUGUACCGCGGGACAACUCCACCACCACCGGCCAUGGUCUACCCAUUACCGCCCAACUCUCCCUACAAAUUCGGACGGAAAUCGAGCGAAUUUCUGGAACCCGUCGGAGAGACGCAUGAGUUCCAGUCGGCAGAGGGCAACUCUCGUCAGGUCUUGCUGCAUGUCUGGCCACCGGAUGAGCUCGAUACGAACCUAUUGCAGAAACUAGAGGCUUGUUGUCGAGAGUUUCAGAAUAAGGACGUGGUUCAUGGACACAGCGGAGAUGGCUUCUUGAACGGAUGGCGGCCAUCAUGGAAAGACCCUCAACAAACGGGUGUCUUGCGGUUUGGCCAUUGGCGUGUCAGGGCUCCUCCAGAACAAGGGGGACAUCUCUACCCUCCGUUCCAGACGCCGUUGACACUUGCUGCAGGAGGAGGAUCGGUUCUAGGAUCAACCGCCAAUGUAAUCGCCAACAAUAACACCAACAACACGGCCAAUCAUCAACAAAAUGUGAACGCUGCACCUAUCAAGGAUGCCUUUGCUCAGAACGGAAAAGGCGGCACUCAGGCGACAUCCAAUGGCCAGACCAACCAGACAAAUGGAGCUUGUGCGGUUCAUGACCCACCUCGACAGCGCGCAAUCGAGAACCACCGUGACAUCUGCCAUGACCCUGACUGUCCGCAUAGGGACGACAAGCAGCAGCAGCAGGAUGACAAUCGACCUCGUGACUUGCAGCUGGAAUCGGCGACUCAGGGACGGCUUCUGCGACUUGUGCGGGCGAUCCAGAUGGUGGAGAAAGGGAUUAUUGCGCGGCAUUUGAAGUUUCUGUUCCCGACGCUUUAUGAAAAGUACCACGGACUCCAGUUUGGCACACCGCGACUGUUUGAUGCCGUGGCGACGGUUGCGCUGGCGAUGGACGUGUCUCCUCGGCUUCAUCAUGAUAAGGCGCACACGAAGCACGGAUUCUGCUGGAUCGUUGCGUGUGGCGACUUUGUUGGAGGCGAUCUAUGCAUCCCUGAGCUGGGCAAGCGUGUUGUGAUGCGUCCUGGCACGGUGGUUGCGAUCCGAUCGACUGUGGUUGCGUAUUAUAUCGAGAGGUACGCCAAAGACACCAGCAUGUACGUCAUGUACGCGUACACCAGCGACAACAACUGGCCUCCCGCCGCGUAA